CUUCAGUCCAACGAUCUUCAAACUUUCAGUGUCACCGCUUUUCUAAUUGCAGCGCCCCCGAUACGCCGCAUUUUUGUCUCUGCGUUCAAUGUUCGCCCGCGCAUCCCGGCGGGCAGUAAGCCGCGUCGAGGGCCGGCUUUUCUCCACAAGCGUUACCCGCAACGCAGACUUCACGCAUGCUGUCGUAGGCGGAGGCGUCGUAGGAUUAGCAAUUGCGCGAAAAUUACAGGCCAGAGACGGGGCAAGCACGGUGUUAGUCGAGAAGCAUGGGACCGUGGGCACCGAGACUAGUAGUCGGAACUCUGAGGUGAUUCACGCCGGCCUCUAUUAUGGCGAGACGUCGCUCAAGACCAAGCUAUGUUUGCGUGGGAAAGAGAUGAUGUAUGAGCUAUGCCGAAAAAACGAUAUUCCCCAUAUGAAUUGUGGCAAGUGGAUCGUGGCGCAAGAUGAGCAGCAGAUGGAAGCGCUUGAAAAAGUCCAUUCUUUUGCCUCCACACUCGGCGUGCCGACUCAUUUCGUAUCCUCAGAAGAAGCCAAGCAGCGCGAGCCUGAUGUCCGAGCCGAAGCGGGAGUUCUCGAGAGCACAUCAACUGGCAUCGUGGACAGCCACUCACUCAUGCAGUAUCUCGAAGGUGACUUCGAAGAGAACGGCGGCAUGUGCGCAUUCAAUGCGGAAGUUAUUGCAGUCGAGCCCAUUCAAUCUGGAUCUGGAGGAUGGAAAAUCACGACCGUAUCUGGAGGCGAGGAGUCUAGCAUAACCGCCGAAACUCUCAUCAAUUCUGCCGGUCUUGCCGCAAUUCCCAUCUCCAAUAUGAUAUUACCAUCGGAACGUCAUCUUAAGCCAUACUACGCAAAAGGAUCCUACUUCUCCUACUCUUUAUCCAGGCCGAAGCCAUCUAUUCUCGUGUAUCCAGCUCCAGUCCCAGGACAUGGUGGUCUGGGCACGCAUUUGACUCUCGACAUGGCUGGCCACAUACGAUUCGGUCCGGACGUUGAAUGGGUCGAAAACCCGACGGAUCUGCGAGUCAACGACAAGAAUCUUACCGCCGCUAUCGACGACAUCCAGUCUUAUCUUCCGGGAAUUAACCGCGAUGCCAUAGGUCUGGAUUACGCGGGCAUCCGGCCGAAGCUAGGAAAGAUGGGCGCCGUGGCGAGUGGGAAGGGGUUUCAAGACUUUUAUAUCAAGACGGAGGAAGGAUUUGAGAACUUCGUGAAUCUACUGGGGAUAGAGAGCCCUGGGCUGACCAGUAGUUUGGCGAUUGCGGAGAUGGUUGAGGAUUUGCUAUACCGGUAAAGCUCGCAUCACGUUUUAGAGACCCUUGAGGCUUCUUUUUAGUGAUUGAUAGUACGUGGCGAACUUCUAGAGAGGCGCAUAAGAGGAGUUUCAUUUCUUUUCUCGACGAACAUUCUUCUUUGGUAGAGCUGCACCUGCUCCGCAUAUGUCGCAUACUCUGCAAGAUCUAAUGUCUGGAAACUUCUUGUCAAUCGCAUCAGCUCUCUCUCAAACUUUCACUCUCACACAGUGAACUUACAGUGCCUUGCCAAAAGUCUGGGCACAGUUGCUUGCCACUAUUGGAGGUCCUUCGGCGCAUUUUAAUUUUUUUUAGAUGAUGUAAAGUCUCUGUGAGCUUAAAUCAGAGAAGUUUCGCACGCUGGUAGUCGGCCUCCUUGUCGCUCUCUGUAGUGCUUCAGCAUCUCAUUAUGAAUCGGCACGAGAUGCAAAAGACGGCGUGCCCAAACUUGUGUCUAAGUACUAUAUAUUAGCCCGCUCUAAUUCUGUGUGC